AUGGCGCCGGCUAAGAUCACGCUCAACGUCGAGCCACGGGGCAAGCCGAUUCGCAAGCUCCCCAAAGAAGUCGAGAUUCCACUCAAUGGAUCCGCCGAAGAACUUCACAUUGCUCUCGCAGAAGUAACCGGCACUUCCGUACACCGACUGCGCAUCACCAAGGGCAGUGACCGCACCGUGGUCCCGAACUCGAACGGCACCACCAUCAAAGACACCGGACUGCGCGAUGCGAGCGUUAUCCACGUCAAGGACCUCGGCCCUCAAAUCGCCUGGCGCACCGUGUUCAUCAUCGAAUACCUCGGACCACUCGUGAUCCCGGCUCUUUUCCUCUUCCCACUGCGCCCGCUCCUCUAUUUUAAUUUCUCGCAGCCUCUCGCCGACCCCUCCAGCCUCCAGCAGCUCACCUGCCUCCUCCUGACCAUCCACUUCCUGAAGCGCGAGUUCGAGACCAUCUUCGUGCACCGCUUCAGCGCCGCCACCAUGCCCGCCCACAACAUCUUCAAAAACAGUGCGCACUACUGGGCCCUCGCGGGCUUCAAUAUAUCCUACUGGGUGUUCCGGCCGGACGCCGGCGCGGCGACGGAGACGCCCAACGCCGCCCUCACCUACGCUGGUCUCGUGCUUUUUGCCGUGGGCGAACUGGCCAACUUGAAUGCCCACAUGGUGCUGCGGGACCUGCGCCGUCCGGGUACCACCGAGCGCGGCAUCCCGUCCGGCUUUGGGUUCAGUCUGGUUACCUGCCCGAACUACCUCUUUGAGAUCAUGGCCUGGAUCGGUGUCUUCCUGGUUAGCCAGCUGAGCUGGAGUGUGCUGCUUUUCAUUGCUGUAGGCGGUGCGCAGAUGUGGGCUUGGGCUGCUAAGAAGGAGCGUCGGUAUCGCAAGGAAUUUGGUGACAAGUACAAGAAGAAGAAGUUUGUCAUGCUGCCUGGUCUGUGUUAA